AUGCCUUCGUUGCCACACCAAGAAGAGGAUGAUCCGGACGACAUACUCGCCUCCCUUGAGGAGGAGGAAGAGUCCGAGUAUCGUGCUCAAAGAUUACAAGAACUGAGCGAUGCUGCUACAUCUUCUAGGACGACAACUGCAUUUGAUGCUGUCAAGAAGCACUUUAUCACGUUAAAGAGUGAUGACGAGACUCUUGCAUUCUCUACCGAAUAUGAGAGGGCUGUCGUUCAUUUUUUCCACCCCGACUUUGCUCGAUGCAACACCAUGGACGGCCAUUGCGAGAUCAUAGCAGAGAAGCACGCCGACAACACAGAUGCAGAUGUUGCCUUCGCAAGGGUCGACGUGAAGAAUUGCCCUUUCGUGGUCGCAAAGUUGAACGUACGAGUCCUGCCCUGCGUCAUUGGCUUCGUCAAAGGAGUCGUCAAGGGUCGGGUUACGGGUUUCGAGGGUUUGUGCUGGGAUGGACAAGAGGGCAGUAUCAACGUCACACGAGCCAUCGAAGAGGCCUUUGUGACCUGGUCUAUUCUACGGAAGAGGUUACUUUUGGGUCAUGACGAUGAUGCUAGCGAGGACGAAAAUGGUGAUGAUACGAUUAGCAAGCGAAAGAUGGGUCGCAGAGGUAUUGCCGGUCGCAAGCAAGGCAGAGACGACGAAGACGACGAUUGGGACUGA